CAGAAAGUUAAGCAUAAUCACAAAAACAAAAAACCUGGUUGUACGAACUCAUCCGGCGCUCGGUUCGUUAACAGCUACGGAGUAUCAAGGAGUCAUAUGGACUAAUGGACUCCAUAGAGUUAGGAGGAUGACGUUGUAGAAAGCGGACAAGUGUGGGACGAUGACGUUGUUUACAUUCUCUCCUCUGUCAACUUGUUACUGUUCUCUCUCUGCAACCAUUAAUGGCAGAAACGCGACAUCCAUGGUUGACCCCUUGCUGUAUAACCGCUUCCUUACUCAAAGAAGAAAUAUUUCUUCCUAUACCAGCACCAAGUCCCGAAACUACAUCGAGUCCAAGGCGAAAGGUUUCAAAUCGGAGGAGAAUCCCCGUCCCUCAGUGGCAGAUAUUGACGCAGAUGCAGGAAAACCAGAGCUCAAAAGCCCAAUUUUGAAAGACGAGAAAGCAGAAUUGCUGGGAAAAGUCUGGGAAUGGACACUGCUAGUGUCGCCCUUCUUCUUCUGGGGAACGGCUAUGGUGGCAAUGAAGGAAGUUUUACCCAAAACUGGGCCUUUUUUCGUGUCUGCCUUCCGAUUGAUUCCAGCAGGUUUUCUCUUAGUAAGCUUUGCUGCUUCCCAGGGCCGGAAAUUCCCUUCAGGGCUGAAUGCGUGGCUUUCUAUCACACUCUUUGCACUGAUUGAUGCUGCUUGCUUUCAGGGUUUUCUUGCUGAGGGGUUGGAAAAGACAUCAGCUGGUUUAGGCAGUGUAAUUAUUGAUUCACAGCCUCUGACAGUGGCUAUUCUUGCUGCACUGUUAUUUGGGGAGUCUAUUGGAUUAGUAGGAGCUGCAGGGCUUGUACUUGGAGUAAUAGGUCUUUUGCUUCUUGAGGUGCCUGCACUGAAGCUUGAUGAGACAAAUUUUUCUCAUUUGAGGGAAAGUGGGGAGUGGUGGAUGCUUCUUGCUGCACAAAGCAUGGCAAUUGGCACAGUAAUGUUCCGUUGGGUUUCCAAGUACUCUGAUCCCAUCAUGGCUACUGGAUUGCACAUGGUUAUUGGUGGCCUCCCUUUGGCCGCUAUCUCCGUGAUUAAUCACGAUCCUGCCCUUGAUGGGAGUUUGGGGGAGCUUACUUCAAACGACGUUUUGGCACUGCUGUAUACAUCAGUGUUUGGAAGUGCCUUGAGCUAUGGUGUUUACUUCUACAAUGCAACAUCAGGCAGCCUUACAAAGCUCAGCUCACUUACCUUUUUGACUCCCAUGUUUGCAUCAGUAUUUGGAUUUGUUGUGUGUGUGAUCAGGUUCAUAUAUCUUGGUGAGACCUUCACGCCUCUUCAAUUGGUUGGCGCACUGGUAACACUGGGAGCAAUUUACAUGGUUAACUAUAAAAGCAUGGGUGAAGCAUGAAAUGUUUUUAGAUUACUGCACAGGGAUUCACCUACAAAUGUUUGCACCCUUGGAGAGUACCAGAGCAGAUUGUUUUUCAUUUUUGUUAAAAGAGAAUAUAUACAUGUUUAACAUAACAUGUGAAACAUGUGAUAAACUGUAAUGAAAUGUAAAGUAGUGUAAUCAGAUAUAUUUUGAGUGCAAACUUAUUGUUCCAAACAUUACCUACUUACUGACGCAUUCAGGCAUACAUAUAUAUUUAAAAACAUGAAUGAAACUACCGUGUACAUGAAGGAAACUAACGUGUGUUCAUUGAUUCCAGUUAUACAAAUAAUAACCGGUUCCUAACUAAACCAAAUUUUCUAAAAAUACCAAAGCACAAGACAACAAAUAUAAUCUGAAGUGUGAAACCACACGCAUAGACCCUCGCCAUAUUCCUCUCAACUUGAUGCGGUAGUAGUUGCAGCAACUGCUAUACCAUGGAUGACAUGUGGGGACCACCUCCAACUCUGACAUUCCCCACUCCACUUUGCUCCAUAUCCCUCUUCUUCGCAGCCAGCCUCCUCGUACUACUUUCAUCCAUAAUAGUAGUAUCAUGCCUUUGAACUCCGGCUAGUGGGCUCCUAUGGUUUUCAUCCCCCCUGCUGUAAGACCUUGAAGUUGAGUCUCCUGAAUUUGGUUCCCAAGAGGAAGAAGAUGAAGAGAGCCAAUAAGGCUUCUGUUGACCGCUACUAGCACCUGCAAAGCUGUUACUUCCAGAGGAUUCUUGAUCUUCUCCAUCACCCUCCUCAUCUUCAACAAUAUUUCCCCUUCUCAAAGUCACAUACUUGUGAAUGCUUGGCUCUAUUGAGGAGGAUUCUUGAUCUUUUACACCUAUUAUGUUAUUCGUGUUAACAAACUGAUCAGAUUUGAAGUUUCUUCUUCUGUCCUCAGAGGUGGAGGAGUUCAGGUCAGCCACUGCAUCAAGGAUUGAACAGGCCUUGGUGACACAAGCUGGGAGACUGAAAGCUGAGGGGGCAUUUGGGGUGUUCUUUUGAUGAAAAUUUUGGAUAUCUUCAAGCAAUAAUGCUGUGUAGUUUUGAGUGGAACUUGAGGAAUUUGAUAAUAGAGCUUCAGGGUUGAUGUCUAAAUCUCGAGACAAUCUAGAGGACCUGCUUCUUGUUGUUACUGUUUUAAGGCUUUCUUCUGCUCCUGCUGGAGUAAUUAAAUUGACUUUAGCAUUAUUCCCCCCAACCACUUUGUGCUCCUCCACUAUCACAUGAUGCUCCUCCUCUUUAGUUUUGUUGUUAGAACAAAGCUUAUUGGUAUUACUUCCUUGCAAUCCCACUUUCAUGUUGCUGAUAUUAUCUCCAUUGAUCUUCUGCACCUGCGAAGAAGAAUUGUGUUUGGCAGGCUUAUUAUUAGUUCCUCCUGAUGGUUCAAUGAUCACAUUAGUGUCAAUCUCACCCAGAGGGUUUCUUCUGAAAGGAGAGUGUUCUGCCUUCCUAGAAUUGCUCCUGCUUAGCGAAGGCUGCUGCUGCUGCUGGUUCGUGGCAGGGGAACGAGCCCGAGGAGAAGCCACAGCGGUGGCUCUUGAACCAUCACCGCCACCUCCACCCACAUUCCUCCUCACCUGAAUCCUCUUCACAGCAGAAGCAGCCAAGAUGUUCUCUCCAUCAAUGCUCUUAUCCAUUGCCACAGUGGCAGGCACAGAAACCAUCUUCCCUGGCCUACAAUUGCCAGAAGUAACUGUGUUUGGUGAUUCAGACCUUUUUCCAGGAGAUCUGCUCACCCUCCUCCCACCACCAGCAGCUCCACCACCAUUUCUUUCUCUGCUUCCAGAUCUUUGCUCCUGUGGGUCCCUCUCCCUACUCGGAGUCCUCCUUCGGUUUCGGGAAGACGUGGAAGGGCUAAGGCUAUGCCUCGGCUGGCGCUGCUGGCGUUGUCUCUGCCGGUGGAGUCUCUCCAAUUCCCCGUCAGCCUCCGCAUUCUCCUCCGGACCUUCGUGUUCCUUAUCAAAGUCAAAGCUUCUCUUUGACCCAGAGUAUUUCUUGGUCUUCUGUAGGCUCCCAUUGUUGUUAUCAGAAGAUCCAACAGAUCUGGAAGGGCUCCUACUGAGUUUCCCACACUGAAUCAAUAUGGCAUCAACCUCUUCUUUCGUGCAGCUCGAAGUCCUCACUGGGGCAGAAACGACACUCAGGUGACCCAACCCAUUCUUAAUUGCCGGACCCUUGACCGGUUCAGAAACCUCAUCCGGGUCCUUCUUGGAAUCGCCAUUUCCGUCCACGGACUGCCGCUCUGUCUCGUGGCUCUUCCGGUGCCUAAUGACGAAAAUCUCCUUCUUGACCGCUCUCCCUUCUUCUUCUGGUUUCUUCUUCUGGAGAUCUGGGGGUUUAGUCUCUUGCUUGGAGGGGUUCGAGUUAAUUGCAGACUGGGCUGUGGUGGGAGGAAGAGGAGAAGGAGAGGGAGCAGUAGCGCUCUUCUUGCUCAAGCAAGUUCCCAUCUUUUGCCCCCAAAAAGUGAGAAGUGGGAAAAUUACAGAACUGGGAGAGAAGGGAACGGAUAGAGUUCGAGAAAUCCACUGAUUUUUUGAAAAUAAAGAGAGGGAUUCAAAAUUUGAGUGCAGGCGGGGGACA